AUGAAAUCCGCUGCGAAAGCUGCUGCCGGCUGGAUUCGGCAUGGGCAGUCAAAGCAUCUCUCGCUCGCGUGGGCCCUGGACAAAGCAUCGGCGAACCACUGCCAUAGGAAACAAACAUAUCCAAAAUUCGAUCGCUGGAGAUCUCGCAGUGAGUCAAAACUCGUCCGACAAAUUCAGACAAGAUGGUUAGCCUGCCGUAUCUCCCCCUCUCUCGCGUUCCGACCGCCACACUGGGGUGGUCUUGAUAACUAUGGCUUGGGUGGCUGCGCCAACGCCGGAUUCCACAACUUUGAUGGUUGCGACGGAUGUGGUCGGCGAGGCGGCGGCAACGCGGGCGCCAUCUACCACCCCGGCACAAGGGGCGGCGGCAACGUGGGCGCCAUCUACUACCCCGGCACAAGGGGCGGCGGCAACGCGGGCGCCAUCUACCACCCCGGCACAAGGGGCGGCGGCAACGCGGGCGCCAUCUACCACCCCGGCACAAGGGGCGGCGGCAACGCGGGUGCCAUCUACCACCCCGGCACAAGCGGCGGCGGCAACGUGGGCGGCAUCCGUGGACAUGGCAACAUUACUAUUAUCAAUAAUUACAACGGCGGGAAAUUAAGCCGCCCGGUUACACGGAUUAACCCCCCUUGCGAUGAGGAUGAGGAUGAGGAAGAGGAGGAUGAGGAAGAGGAGGAGGAGGAGGAGGAUGAGAGUGAUGACGACGAGAAUAAUAACGAAGAUGAUGGGAGGAGAAGUGCAAUAGAGAGAUUCAGGUCUCUUGAACGUGUAUGCAUGCAGCUUCACGCAGCAAGGCUCAGACAAACUUGGAAUUGAGUCUUCCUUCUAGGGCUCUUGUUCGAUCCAGCCAAGGCUGCUUGGUAAUUUGACAUUGUGACUCGGUGUGUUCGUGGUAUCCUUGUGGUUGUUUCUUGAAUUCCAUGUCAUGUGAACUUGGUAUCAUGCAUCAGGUAUCUAUCUGAUUAUGUCAACGCCCAUAUGAAAAAGUGCAGCAGAUAAAUACUUAAUAUAUGCAUCUUUUGGAGUGAUGUUGCAUUGAAAA